AGGAAACAGGGCAGGCAGGAAUGGGGGAGGGAGAGGGAGGGACCUGGGCACUGACCCCGCCCCCGGCCCACUUGACUGGGGAGCGCUCCUGACCCUGAGCAGUCUCGCCACACUUGGAGACUGAUGGCAGAUCGCACACUUCGGUCCAGCAGUGCCUUGAGCAUUUGUGGAAUCCAAGCUCCUCUCACAGAGGGAGGGACAGUGCAGACAGCAGAUGCCAUGGAGUCCCCCUCAGCUCCUGCCCAAAGAGGGCGCGUUCCCUCGCAGGGGCUCCUACUGGCAGUCUCACUGUUAACCUUCAGGAGCCUGCCCACCACUGCCCAACUCACUGUUGGGUCCAUCAAUGCUACCGAAGGGAAGGAUGUGCUUCUCCUUGUCCUCAAUCUGCCUGAGAAUCUUGCAGGCUAUAUCUGGUUCAGAGGGGAAAGUGUGGACAGGAAACGCAGAAUUGCAUCAUAUGUAACAGAGACUCAAACAACUACCCCCGGGCCUGCACACAGAGGUCGGGAGACCAUAUACCCCAAUGGAUCCCUGCUGUUCCAGAAGGUCCCCCUGAACGACACAGGACACUACACCGUACAAGCCAUAAGGAAAGAUUUGCAGACUGAAGUAGCAACUGGACAGCUCCGUGUGUACCUGGAGUUACCCAGACCCAGCAUCACAAGCAACAACCCCAACCCUGAGGAGCACAAGGACCCUGUCCUGUUAAUGUGUGAACCUCACACUCAGGACACCACCUACCUGUGGCUGAUCAACAGUCAGAGCCUCCAGGACAGCGCCAGGCUGGAGCUGUCCAAGGACAAUAGGACUCUCACUUUGCUGUAUGUCACAAGGAAUGACACAGGACCCUAUGAGUGCGAAACCUGGAACCCAGUGAGUGCCGGCCACAGUGACCCCUUCACCCUGAAUGUUCUCUAUGGCCCAGAUGCUCCCUCCAUUUCCCCCUCUGACUCCCAUUGCCCACCAGGGACAAACCCCAGACUCUUCUGCCACACAGCCUCUAACCCACCUGCACAGUAUUUUUCGCUUAUCAGUGGGAGAUGCCAGCAACCCACACAGGAGUUCUUUAUCCCCAAUACUGCGAAUGACAGUGGAUCCUAUACCUGCCUCGCCUAUAACUCUGUCACUGGUCUCAAUAGAUCCACAGUCAGGACCAUCACAGUGUCUGGUAAGUGCCUCCUGGACCAUAGGCACUGAGCUCUGGUGUGGAGGUUGGUCUGGUUUUCAGAAAAGAGCUUGGAUGUUGUCUCCAUCCUGUGGCCAUGGACACAGCAAAUCACAAAUUCUUCCCUGAAUCCUCCCCCACAUCUCUGUAGCCUCUCUCCUCCCCUUGCUCUUCUGAUUUCUCAUGGCAGAGCUGGGGUCCAGCCUCAGAAAUGAGGAAGGGGGUUCUCUCAGCCCCA